AUGGCCCCCUUGCAAGCUGGUGGCGUGCAGAUUCCAGGCAUUCUGUGUGCAAUGCUCAUGGCUUGCAGGGGCGUUGCAGCAUCCUCUGCAACUUGCCCGACUGCUUCGCACGUCUGUGAAGGGGAUCCCGCACAUUUGAUGCAGAUCACAUCUCUCAGGUCAAACGCCGCGAUAGGGCUAUUCCGUGCCGCUCGAGCACCCCUCAAGAAUGCAUCCGGGGAGCCAGCGCCAACAGAUAUUGAGCAGCACCUAGCCGAGCAACUAGAAAGCAAGAAGUCCGAGAAAGACAAGACGAGCACUCGGAAGCAAUGGCCGGGGACAUCUGUGAAUGACACGAAACUCAAUGCUACAGGAGAAGAGACAGCACCCUUUGUGCAUGCCGAAUACCAAGGCGCCAAGGGCAAGUCAGUGGAAGUGAAGGUUGAGAUAGCGACGGCCAGUGAGAUUGUGUCAAUCUAUCUCUUGCUGUUUGUGCCACUGCUCAUGGGUUGGGUCUACUACUGGUACGGGCUCACGACGGGUCUGGGACAAGAUGCAUUGUAUCAACUUCUGAUUCAGCUGAGUGUCGGAGCGACGAGCAUUGGAAAUGUGAUCGCCAACCAGUCGCUUUGCAUUCUGACGCGGGAGCCCAUGGCGCUCACAUUUCUGCAAGCGGCCGGCCUCUGUCUCGCCGGACUCCUCGUCUCAGCAAUGUCUGCCUGCCAUAAAAGCCGAAAUGUCACUCGCCACGCGCUUUCCGGGCUUUGCAAGUGGACGCCUGCAGCUGUGGCUUUCUGUGCCUACCAGCUGGCGGAUCAUUUCCUCUCCAACAACAGCUCUAUUUCGGAGCGCACCAUCGUGGGAAACCUUGGCCCAGUGGUCGGCCUGGCUGCCGAACUGACCCUUCCAAGCAUAUUUGUUGUCGGUGCUUCUAAAGCCAAAGAGGCAAGUCUAUCAUCCAAGAUGGCUCUCUUUAGCACUGUGUUUGGUGCCACAAUCUUCGUACUGCAAGAUCCUGACUUCAAUUGGGUUGGUAUAGAGACAUCCUCAGUCUGGACACUCUCGCAUGUAUUGUAUAGAUUACUACAAAGAGCCUUGCUCGGCAGAUUGGAUGAUGUUCCAGUGGCCUGGAUGAUGGCCUGGGAUGGGUUUCUGCUCUGCAUCCCAGCCGUGUUCAUGUCUGGCGGAUCCGCGGCAUCAAUUUGGAACGGCUGGCAGAUCUGGAUCACCAAUUCUCAGAUCUUGAUUCUGUUGCUUUUGUCGACCCUGUCCUUUGCGUCUGGACACUUUGUCACAAUCUGUUGUCUGAAGAGUUCUUCUGCCACACUUACUAUGGUAAUCGGGAACAUUGCCACGACUUUAUGCUUGGUCCAGGGUAUCCUCUUCUUUGGAGACAGAGACUUUCAGCAGCCCCUGACUGUUGUGGGAAUGUUGAUCAACCUCUUCGGCGGCUUGUGGUACGCAAAACAGGAUGCAGCGACUUGCGAUUCAAAGGGCGAGAACGUCCCCGAGAUCGGAGAUGAGAAAGUAGCAAACUCCUAG